AUGGCUUCGAGAGCCCCCGUUGCAGAACAUCUUGCCCCUGAGCCUAAAGGCAAAGCCACAGCUGCUCCGAGCGGGUCAAUAUUGGCACCCAGCGAUGAAGCUGCUCCUAAAGUAUCACAUUUCAAAACCGAAAGAACAUUCCCCAUUCGCAUCCACGCGCCACACAAACCAUCCACAUCGACUGCAACCUUUGCCAAUAAUUCCCUUGAUGAAGAUCCACGAUCCCGCGUUCCUCCAAGAAAUACUGGUCCCAUUGAUACCCCCCAUACUACUCUUCCGGUCCAUUCAUCUUCGCCUAUCUAUACUCACUCGAAUUCCCCCCAGAUCGCCAUCGGCCAGAAACCGACCACCACACCCGCUGCUCUAGGGUCACGUUAUGUCACCAACAGGGUCAGCUAUCUUUCCACCACUGACAACAAUGUGUCUACCGCACCUUCAACACCGGAGCAGAAGAUAUAUCGUUGCGAGGACGAACCUAUCCAUAUCCCAGGAGCCAUACAGUCGUUCGGAGCAUUGAUAGCCGUCAACGAGAAUGAAGAAGGCCUCUUCAUUGUGCGAAUAGUGAGCGAAAACUCGCAGGCAGUGACCGGUUUGGACCCCGAAUCUCUCUUCAGUCUACGCUGCCUCACCGAUAUUUUUCCACAGAGUGACAAGGUGGAUUUCAUUUAUCGGGCAAAGGCGCUCCGCACAUACAAAUCAAGAACGAGUCCCGACGUCUUUACAUUAUCCCUGUCCUCUCUCGUCGGACCGCCGAUACCUCUCUUCUGUGCAAUGCACUUGAACGAUGAGUCUGACCUUAUCGUCUUCGAAUUUGAGCUGGAAAAUGAUGUUUUUAAUUCCAGUGACCCCCUACCUAAAGAACCUGUCCAGGUUGCUGAUAUCCAUCCCACCGACAAUGACGUACAGCAAUCGACUACUAGUAGAAGUUCGCCCCUUUACUCCGUCGGAGUUGCCCGCAAAAGGAAUCGGGAUCUUGGGUCAUUAGAAAUAUUCCAGAUACUAAAUGAGAUACAGCACCAGCUAGGGACACCCGAAGUGUUAUCGGACCUUUUGGAUAUCAUAGUCGGUCUUGUCCGGGAGCUUACAGGGUUUCAUAGAAUCAUGUGCUAUCAGUUUGAUGAGACGGCUUCUGGCUCUGUUGUCAGUGAGUUGGUGGAUUUGUGUGCAAGUGGUGACCUCUACCGUGGCCUUCAUUUCCCUGCAUCGGAUAUCCCCAAGCAGGCUCGGGAUCUUUAUCUGGUCAAUACGAUUCGAGUUCUAUACGACAGAGAUCAGGAGACAUCUCGACUCCUCUGUCGCACAGAGGAAGAUGCUAAAAUCCCACUCAACCUCAAGUAUUCAUACCUCAGAGCUUUCAGCCCAGUGCAUCUAAAAUACUUAGGAAAUAUGGGAGUACGAGCCUCUAUGUCUAUAUCGUUGAUAGUUCAGGGGAAGUUGUGGGGUCUAAUUAGUUGCCACGGCUAUGGGUCAGGUAUGCGAGUCUCUCUCCCGGUACGAGAACUUUGCCGCGGCCUUGGUGAUAUCGCCAGUGGCAAUAUCGAAAAACUGCUCUAUUCGUCUCGAAUCAAAGCUCGUAAACCUCUAGCGCACACCCUUCCCCAAACAUCACCGUCCGCAUACAUUGCAGCCUCAAGCUCAGACCUACUGCAGAUGUUUGAUGCCGAAUUUGCAUUCCUCGUCAUUAAAGGAGAGGCAAGGACAGUGGGGAAACUAUUGGCAUAUGGUGAGUGUGUCAACCUUCUCCAGUAUGUUCGACAAAGAUCUUUCACGUCGGUCUUUCAUUCGCAAAAUAUUGCAGUCGAUUGCAAAGAUGCGAUGCAUUCGCCAGGUGCCAUAUCAACGCUAUCCGGCAUGCUUGUUGUCCCUUUAGCUCUAUCCGGUGCCGACUUUCUCGUAUUCUUCAGGAGGGGAAAGCAGAAGGAAAUUCAUUGGGCAGGGAAUCCUUACGAGAAGAGCGUCCGCCCAGGUACUGCCUACCUCGAACCACGGAGUAGUUUCAAAAGGUGGAGCCAGAGCGUUACUGGAACGAGUCGAGAAUGGACUGAGGAUCAAAUCGAAUCCGCAAUAGUACUAAGCGCCUUAUAUGGAAGAUUCAUUGAGGUGUGGCGACAGAAGGAAGCCAUAGUCCAAAAGAAUAAGAUGACCCGACUUCUCAUAAGAAAUGCCGGUCAUGAAGUCCGUACUCCAUUGAAUAGUAUCAUCAACUAUCUGGAAGUAGCGCUUGAGGAGACAUUAGAUGAAAGCGCUCGCAUGCACUUGCAAAAAUCUUUACAAGCAUCAAAGUCCUUGAUAUUCGUGGUCAAUGAUUUGCUCAGGCUGACCGAAGCCGAGACUGCUGAUUUCCAUGCCCACGAAGACAAUUUGGACCUCAGAAUCAUGUGCCAUGAAAUAAUUGACGCUUUCGGUGCGGAAUCAUCAAGAAAGAAGAUCGAAGUCCGAUUUGAAGACGACCAAGAGGUGCCUCCGAGUGUGCGUUGCGAUCCUUCGGGGUUAAGACAAGUACUUUCAAACCUCAUGGCGAAUGCAAUAAAGCAUUCCAGCCUCGAAGGCGGCCCAAUCCAGAUUAGUGUGAAGCUUCUGAGCACCACAGACACCAAAUUGAUCAUCGAGAUAUCCUUUCAAGACCAAGGAUCGGGGCUAUCAGAGCAAGACCUCGAUAGGAUAUUUCAAGACUUUGAGCAGAUUCUGGACGAGGAUGAGAACCAGAUUUUGGAGGUCCCAAAUUUGAUCUCGAAACCGCAGACCGAACUCGUAUCGAUUGGUCUAGGACUAGCAACUACAGCAAGAUUCGUGAGGCAUAAUCAUGGCCAGAUCAGGAUCGCAUCGGAGGAAGGACAUGGGACGCGCGUUUCAAUCAACAUUCCGUUCCGCAAGGCUCUGAGGUUCCAUAGAGACAAGCGUCCAGCGACGGAAAUUUCGCUGCCUGCCCCACCGGAUCUUGCGUCUAUCAAUCAAGAGAGUGGGUCUACCACUCCAGCUUCCACAACACCCUCCGAAGCAUCUCCCUUAAAGGCUCAAAAAGACGGUCAAUAUUCCAGCGCUUCCAAGCGAAGCAAGGAGUCGCCUUUAGGGUUGCCAAAGAUUACCGACGCGGAAGAGUCAACCCACCCACGACUUGACAUCAACGCUCUAAGUCCAGUAAGCCCAGGCACGACGAAUGAUCGCUACCCAUUUCCUAGCAUUGGUUCACAGCUAGCGAAGAACAAAUUUCGUGUUUUGGUCGCCGAGGAUAAUCCCUUGAAUAGUCGUCUCAUAGAAACUCGUUUAGUCAAGAGUGGCCAUGAAGUAACAGUUACCGUGGAUGGCCAAGCUUGUGCAGACGCUUUCAAAGGUACACCGGAAAACUUCGAUGUCAUCUUGAUGGAUAUUCAAAUGCCAAUUGUAGACGGCAUAUCGUGCACUCGCAAGAUUCGCGAAUUCGAAAAAGUACACCAGCCCGAAAUGUCCGAAUAUGCGAAACCGUACGGCCGGAUUCCUAUAAUCGCCGUUUCCGCCUCGUUGUCGGAAGAAGCUCGAGGGAACUACGUCGAUAGUGGCUUCGAUGGAUGGAUCCUCAAGCCGGUUGAUUUCAAGAGACUAGAAGCUAUUCUCGCGGCGAUCCUGGAUGAAUUAAUGAGAGAGCAUCUCCAAUAUGGGAAUGCGAGCUGGAGGAAUGGGGGGUGGUUUAAAAUGUCGGGUCGGGUGGGGAUUCGGCCCCGGGCAUAG